GUAUAAAGAUGUCUUGCAUCUCUAGUCAGAUUGAACAUCGUCAGAGUGGUUUGAUCAGGCCUCGUUCUUAUCUUUGAAACACGCACACAAUGUCACUUCGCACCACUCCCGUCGCUAAGGCCGUCCCUCCCACUACGUCGCCGAAUGUUGCAGGCCAGACGAUCAAUCUGAACUUCGUUCCCGAUGAUAUCCACCACCUCAUUCUCUCCGACAUUGUGGACACAUCACCCGCAGACUUACUGAAUGUGGCGCAAUCGUCCGGGGUCUUGCACUAUGCUGCAUUGCCAUACAUAUACCGCAACAUCACCUUGAAUGGAGAAUCAACGGCGUACCAGGCGCUCGUGGAGAAGAUCUGUAACGAUGAGCAUGGCAAUAUCACGAGGCAUGUUCGUAGUAUCACAGUCAAAGACGAGGUACCGUCUGCAGACCUGAUCACGAUACUCAGCAAGACUUCGCGGCACCAAAAUCUCCGAUCACUCAAUUGGGAGACCUCGACACACAUGUCUCCUGCAGUACACGACAUGAUCCAUGCGAUGUGGCCGAAACCUGAGAUACGCGUCCUUGUCGUAGACCGCAAGAUGGCAAAGAGCGUUGCACAUCGUCAGAUGGACAUGGAGCUCCUGUCAUCUCCGCUUCUUGUUAGCUUAACCUACGAGGUAUACAUGCAGGGCUACGCCCCUGAGCACCCUUGCCGAUCCGAGUGGCCCCGACUCUCCCAGGCCCUGGCGACCGGUGGCAACGUCAGAUCUCUUCGGCUCCAAGUCUUGCAAGACGGUCACAACCGUUUUACACCCGAUACGGAGCCAGCGAAGAUACCGCGCCUCGAUCUCACCACCGGUAUGCGCCUACCUCUACUGGAGGAGAUGACUCUUCAGACCUUGAGAUAUCAUGGCCAGACGGCCUACCUCUGGGAUCCUGACUAUUGUCGCACGUUCCGUGAUGCUAUCGACUGUUCUCGGUUGCGCAAACUUGAUUUCGGUAGCGAACACCCUGAGAACUUCUUUGCUUGCUUCGAAGGGUCUUGUCCGCAACUCAAAACGUUGAGUUUUGGGGUGAGGGAGGGUGAUACAGCACCUGCGAGGCGGUUCAUUGAGUCGCUCGAUGCACUUGAACAUCUGGAUCUAUCGCGAGCGCAAGCGGGAAUCGACGACCUUUGGCCCGCUAUUGAGCAGCACAAGAACACACUGGAGACACUGAUUCUUGGGCCGACAUUCGAAUCUUAUUGCAAACAUGUUCCGAUGGGAUUAGACCGCCUGGAGGAUAUCGCCUCAAGAUUUCCCAAACUAAAGAGACUAGGUUGGGACGCACCUUGCAAACGCAACAUCGAUGCAAAACAUCUCGCAGUUCUGUCGAGCCUGAAGCUCACGAAACUUGAUCUCUGGCUACACAUCCCUGGCGAAGCAAACGAUUACAGCGAGGAACUUGUACAAGAUAUCUGGGGCAACAUACCCCAUCCGAAGCUGAACAAAGAGGGUACUGUUGCCUCUGCGACAAGUAUUGCAGAUCAUCUUUUGGAGUCGUCGCAAGACGCUUUUAAGUGGCUCACUCUUCAUGUCUCGCGAGUGGGGGCUUCGGACCGCUGCCAAACAUAUAUGAUGUAUUCGAAGCUCCAACUCAGACUGAAUGGGAGUGCCGAUCAGAUGCGAGGAGAUACGUGGGAUGUGCGCGGGAAGCUGGAUUGGUCUUAUGAAUCUAAUAAGUUAGCGGAAGAUCUGCAGUUUGAGCAGGAGUAGGGAGAUGACGGCCAGGACGAGGUACAAAAGAACUUCUUCCUUUCGAUUUGAGCCUACAUGUAUUCUCUUUCUCAUCCCGUCGUAUGCUCCUCCGUUAUUUCUGGUGAUGCUAGUUAUGAUUGGCUCGUCUUAUCUAUGG